UUUUUAAGCUAGCAAAUUCCAAAUCAAUAGGAAAAAACACCUCUAAAAACAAAAAAGAGUAGAAUAUAUUUUUAUUUUAGCGUUUACACCCCGCUCACAUCGUUACCCCCCAAACCUGUGCCCAGGACAGAAAUUUGAAUAACAAAUCUUAUUUGCGCCCUUCCGUCUUUUCUAUAUAGUAUUUUUUUAAAUUACUCAUUGUUGGUUCUCCCCUAUUUUUAUUUAUCACCCCUUCUUUUACACACAACAGACACACCCACUCACACUUACACAGAUACGCAGCGUGUUUUUCUCUCUUUUUUAAUUUCUGCUAUUUCCAUUUGAAUCCCAGUCAUUUAGUUCCAAUUACACAAACGUUCUUUAUUUUUUGGUGCAUCCCCCUUUUCUUUUUUUCUAUAUUUUUCCUUUAUAUAUUUUUCACUCAUUUAAUUACCCAUGGAAAGUGAGCGCGGUUGGAAGUUCACUCAAUGCUUUGGCGACAAGGCCGAUUUGGAGGAUGUCACAGAGGCUGAUAUUAUCUCUACCGUGGAGUUUGACCACACCGGAAACUACUUGGCUACCGGCGAUAAGGGCGGUCGUGUCGUGCUUUUCGAGAGAAGCGACAACAAGCAAGGGUGCGAGUACAAGUUUUACACGGAAUUCCAGUCGCAUGAACCCGAGUUUGACUACUUGAAGAGUCUGGAGAUCGAAGAGAAGAUUAACCGCAUCAAAUGGCUCAAGCCCAACAACAACUCCCUGUACAUGCUGACGACCAACGACAAGACUAUCAAGCUGUGGAAGGUCUGCGAGAAGGCGCUCAAGCUAGUGUCCGAGAACAACCUACUCGAUGGUGACCGCCCGCCGCCGCAGGACAUCUCGCGCCUGCGUCUGCCAAAGCUCGUCCAGCACGAGAACAUCAUUGCGGCGAUUCCGCGGAAGAUCUACGCCAACGCCCACGCCUACCACAUCAACUCCAUUUCGGUCAACUCGGACGACGAAACCUAUCUGUCUGCUGACGACCUGCGCAUCAACCUGUGGAACCUGGGAAUUAACAACCAGAGCUUCAACAUAGACCUGACCGAGGUCAUCACGGCUGCCGAGUUCCACCCGCAGUCCUGCAACUACUUCAUGUACAGCAGCAGCAAGGGACGAUCAAGCUCGCUCUGUGACAAGCAUGCCAAGCAGUUUGAGGAGCCCGAGGACCCGGCUUCGAAGAACUUUUCUCCGAGAUUAUCUCCUCCGUGUCUGAUCUCGGACGGCCGAUACAUUCUGUCGCGCGAUUACCUGACCCUGCGGUUGUGGGAUAUCAACAUGGAGCGGCAGCCGGUGAGGACAAUCAGCGUCCAUGACUACCUCAAGCCCAAGCUCUGCGACCUCUACGAGAACGACUGCAUUUUGACAAACGGCAAGCAUGCCAUGACUGGGUCAUACAACAACUACUUUAGCAUCUACGAUCUGGAGGAGACCAGUAACGAUGUUAUGCUGCAGGCGGACAAGAAUGCCUUCCGGGCUAAGCGCGUUCAGGGUCCCAAUGGGAGCAAGAGCAAGGUCGGUAUCCCGCGUAAUGGUCGUGGUGGAUUGCGCAAGGAGGAUAUUGAUCCUGAAAACAUUGACUAUAACCGCAAGAUAUUGCACUCGAGCUGGCAUCCGAGAGAAAACACCCUUGCUGUUGCUGCCACUAACAAUCUGUUCAUCUUUACAGAUUGAAAAAAGAAGGUUGAAAAUAAUCGAAUAUACACAAACCAAUUUUUUUUACUUUUCCCCAUUUUAUUCCCUCUUCCCCUACCACUUUUUUCUUUUACAAAAAAUUUUUAGCACUUCCUUAUUCAAUUCAACAUUUAAAACAAU